GUAAUCCCUUCUUCAUCUUCGUUUCCUUCGAUUUCCAAUCUCGAUUCCCCUUCUACUUCCACUUCCAUUAGAAUCAGAACCGUCCAUUCCUCUAGACGAGGCCUUAAAUUUACUAGACCCCGUUUCAGUUCUCUUCACUCUACACUUCUCUUCCGUUUUCCUCAAUUGUCAGAGCUUCUUCUUCCAAACAAGUUGUAGAAGAUGAGUCUGCGGAUAAGUUCUGGCAAAACGCCUCCAUGGCGGAUUUCCUGAGAUUCAAGCGAGGAAUCGAUGGAGGGAGUGGAGAGUUGCAGACGGCAAUAGUGAGCUACAGGAAGAAAUUCCCAUGGUCUCUAUUGUACCCUUUUUUCAGGUUGAUUUAGUUUCAACAAUUCACAUCGCAGAUAAGGAGUAUUUUACAGCCCUCCAAAAUUUACUUGAAUCCUAUGAUUGCGUACUUUAUGAAAUGGUAGCUAGCAGGGAAAGUAUAGAAAGUAGAAGAAACACUAUCCCUAAAGCAAGGGUGAGAGGCUCCGGCGCUAAGGGUAUAAACAUCUUGGGAUGCAUCCAGCGAUGGAUGGCUCAAAUUCUCAUGCUUGACUUCCAAUUAGACUCUCUGAGUUACGAAGCUGAAAAUUGGUACCAUGCAGAUCUUGACUAUGAGACCUUCAAAUUGCUCCAGGUUGGGCCCUUCAUUUUUCUGACUUACAUAGUGGAGCCUACUCUUAAUACAGUGCUUGGGGAUU